CUCUAAGCAUAAGUCAUCGCGACGCGGGUUUGUGUGUGUGCGCUGCUCGGUUUUGUGUUUCAUUUUGUUUAAAAUUUAAGUUACAUCUUAGUUUUGUGUUUCUGCUUUUGUUAUUAGAAAAUAAUGCAAACGAACUGCAGCCGUUUAGCGUAAAAACAUAUAAUACACAUCGAACAGUGCAGCACAUUAUUGGAAUGAUGCAGCGCUGUUUGUGGCACAUGCUGCUACCGUUGCUGCUGCUGCAACUCAAUCUGGUGGCAGCUCAAAUCGAUGGCAGCUAUUACAACGUCCAACAACAACAACAACAGCAGCAACAACAACAACAAGGACAGCAACCAUUUCUGCCACAACCAACCUCCUCGCAAUACGACAUCAAUCAACCAUUCGGUGGCAAUGUGAAUCCCAAUUCGAAUACGAAUCUCAACAACAAUAACAACAACAACAUCUACAACAAUCCCACCUCCUAUCGCACCGAUGGUGGUUACAACGAACUGGGCACCCAGGAUGAUUACAACAAGCAGCGUCUGGAUGACCAGGAACCGAGUUUGGGUCGCGGCAAGAGCUCGUACAAUGUGAAGACCAUGUUCCUGGACACAUUACACAAUCGCGAGCCAACCUAUUUCAUUGUUGCCUCUCGCAUGGUGCGUCCCGGUCUUAUCUACCAGGUGUCGGUGUCCAUACUGCAGGCAAAGUAUCCGAUCACUGUGCAUGCGAGUAUCUCUUGCAAUGGCGUCCAAAUUAGCGGUGAUUCCAAGGAUGUGAAGGAAGGUGUGCCCGAGACGCUGCUCAUGCGCAUUCCCCCAACUAGUGUGUCGGGAGAUUACAGACUGCGCGUCGAGGGCUUUUAUCAGGAUGUCCUGGGCGGAGUUGCCUUCUUAAAUCAGACGCGUCUCGACUUCUCGCAGCGCUCGAUGACCAUCUUUGUGCAGACAGACAAGCCGCUCUACAUGCAGGGCGAGACGGUGCGUUUCCGCACGAUUCCCAUCACCACCGAACUGAAGGGAUUCGAGAAUGCAAUCGAUGUGUACAUGCUGGAUCCCAAUCGGCACAUCCUGAAGCGUUGGUUGUCAAGACAAUCCAAUUUGGGCUCUGUUUCACUCGAAUACAAGCUGUCGGAUCAGCCCACGUUUGGCGAGUGGACCAUUCGUGUGGUUGCCCAGGGUCAGCAGGAAGAGAGUCACUUUAGCGUCGAGGAAUACUAUCAGACCCGCUUCGAGGUGAAUGUCACAAUGCCUGCUUACUUCUUCACAACGGAUCACUUCGUCUAUGGCCGUAUCAUGGCCAAUUUUACAAGUGGUCUCCCCGUGCGUGGAAAUCUAACACUGACAGCGACCAUACGUCCCAUUGGCUACUUUAAUGGCCAGGUGCUCAACGAAAAGUUCCGCUUGGGAGGUCGCUCGCCGCUGGAGCAGGAGAACUUAUACAGAGAACGCUGGCGCUACAACAAUCCGCAACAGAAUCCUAAUCUGGAUCCAAAUCAGCAGCAGCCGUACAAUGUGCCACAGUUGCCACUAGACGGCGGCCUUGAUAUUGGCAUACAGAAUUCCUACCUGCGUCCGCCUCGCUAUUAUCAGUUCGAGGAGCAAUGGCCGUUCUGGGUACGGAAACCGGAAUAUGUGGAGAGCUAUGAGUCGAGCGCGUGGACCACAAGCUAUCGAAACUCGUUGCCAUAUCUGCGCUACUUCAAUGGCACCUUCGACUUCAAGUGGCCCAUGCGUGAGCUGGAAUCAAUUGUGCCCAGCAUGGCUGGCAUGGAAGUCCUAAUCACAGCCACCGUGGGUGAAAAGUUCUACGACGAAAUCAUUGCCGGCUAUGCGGUGGCACGUGUUUACAACUCGAGUUUGCGUGUUGCUUUUCUGGGUGAAUCGCCACAAGUUUUUAAACCCGCAAUGCCUUUUACCACCUAUUUGGUCGUGGAAUAUCACGAUGGUUCGCCCAUCGAUCCGAAUCUGUUGCGCCAGGGCCUGAUGGAGGUCAGCGGUUUUGUUUCUAGUCGCAAUGGUGGACGACGUGAUUGGCCCACGCAACGUUUGCACAUGUCGCAGCAGAGCGACGGUAUCUGGGAGCUGAAGAUUGACAUACGCAACGAUUUGCAACUGGAUGAGAGUCCCCAGGCGCGCGAUUUCCUCAAUGGCAUCGAAGAAAUGCGUCUUCAUGCUCUCUUCAGGGAUCCGCGAGGCGAACAUGUGCAAACGGAUCUGUUGCUUGUGUCGCAUUAUUCACCGCGGAAUCAGCACAUCAAGAUCACCACGAGCACCGAGAAACCCGUGGUUGGAGAGUACAUCAUUUUCCACAUACGCACCAACUUUUAUCUGGAGGAAUUCAACUAUCUGAUCAUGUCCAAGGGUGUUAUACUGAUCAAUGAUCGUGAGACCAUAACCGAGGGCAUACGCACAAUUGCGGUGGUGUUGAGCGCCGAGAUGGCGCCAAUGGCCACACUUGUGGUGUGGAAGAUAACCACUCAGGGUCAAGUGGUCGCUGACUCCUUGACGUUCCCUGUCAAUGGCAUUUCGCGCAACAAUUUCACGGUGUACAUCAACAAUCGCAAGGCACGUACUGGAGAAAAGGUCGAGGUGGCCAUCUUUGGCGAACCCGGCUCCUAUGUGGGACUCUCGGGCAUUGACAGCGCCUUCUACACGAUGCAAGCGGGCAAUGAGUUGACCUACGCCAAGAUCAUUACCAAAAUGUCCAAUUUCGAUGAGCAGACAAACGGCACCUAUAAACACAUUUGGUAUUCGCACGAAGGCAACCCCGAUGAGCUUGUUUACUUCCCCGCAUCCUCAUUUGGCAUUGAUGCCAAUCGUACCUUCGAGUACAGCGGUUUGGUUGUGUUUACGGACGGUUAUGUGCCCAGGCGACAGGAUAGUUGUAAUCGCACUCUGGGCUAUGGCGAAUGCUUGAGCGGACGCUGCUACGCGCUGAAUAAGCGUUGUGAUGGCAUGUAUGACUGUGAGGAUGGCACCGAUGAGAUCGAUUGCCAGGUGCGCAACGAUACCGAGCUGCUCAACUAUCGCAAGUAUCGCUUCAAUCGUGUGUUGCGCCACUACGAGAACGUCUGGCUGUGGAAGGAUGUGAACAUUGGUCCACAUGGUCGUUACAUCUUCAAUGUGGAUGUGCCCGAUCGUCCGGCUUAUUGGAUGGUCAGCGCCUUCAGUGUGAGUCCCUCGAAGGGUUUUGGCAUGCUCAACAAAGCGCUGGAAUAUGUGGGUGUUCAACCCUUCUUCAUCAACGUGGAGAUGCCGCAGGUGUGCCGGCAAGGCGAACAAAUUGGCAUACGUGUCACUGUCUUCAACUACAUGACCAUUCCCAUUGAGGCAACUGUCGUGUUGCACGGCAGUCCCAACUACAAGUUCGUGCACGUCGAGGAGGAUGGCAUUGUGCGUUCGUAUAAUCCACGCACAAGCUUUGGCGAACAUCAGUUCUUCAUCUAUCUGGAGGCCCAAGGCACCACAGUGGUCUAUGUGCCGGUGGUGCCACAGCGUCUUGGCGACAUUGAUGUGACGCUGCAUGUGGCCACGUUGUUGGGCACGGAUACCAUUACCCGAAGACUCCAUGUGGAGUCGGAUGGUUUGCCACAGUAUCGCCAUCAAUCGGUGCUCUUGGAUCUGUCGAAUCGCGCUUAUGUCCUGGAGUAUAUGCAUGUGAAUAUCACUCAAACGCCAGAGAUUCCCUACCAGGUCGAUCGUUACUUUGUCUAUGGCUCGAACCGGGCGCGCAUCUCCAUUGUGGGCGAUGUGGUGGGUCCCAUCUUCCCGACGAUGCCUGUGAAUGCCACAUCGCUGCUUUAUCUCCCCAUGGAGUCGGCCGAACAGAAUGCUUUCAGCUUUGCCGCCAAUCUCUACACGAUUAUGUACAUGCGUUUAAUUAAUCAACGCAACAAGACGCUAGAGAAGGAAGCGUUUUAUCAUCUGAACAUUGGCUAUCAACGGCAGUUGAGCUUCAUGCGUGCCGAUGGCAGCUUCUCGCUGUUCCGCAGCGAUUGGAACAAUUCGGCAUCGUCGGUUUGGCUGACCAGCUACUGUCUGCGCAUCUUCCAAGAGGCUUCGUUCUACGAGUGGGAGAACUUCAUUUGGAUUGACUCGACCAUCAUUGAGAAGAACAUGCGUUGGCUGCUGCAGCAUCAGACACGCGAAGGAUCCUUCUAUGAGGUCACCUGGUUGCCCGAUCGUAAGAUGAAUCGCACCAACUUUGCCGACUACACGAGUCAACAUAAUCGCAAUGUGACACUGACUUCGCAUGUGCUCAUCACACUGGCCACCGUCAAGGAUUUAUCGGGCACAUUGGGCACGCGAGUCGCGUUAGCUACGCAGCUUGCGGUGCGCUAUAUAGAACGGAAUAUGCAGUUCCUCAACGAGACGCGAGAGCCUUAUGAUGUGGCCAUCACUGCUUAUGCUUUGCAGCUGUGCAAUUCACCAUCGGCCGAGCACGUCUUUAGCAUUCUGCGACGACACGCGCGCACAAUUGGCGACUUUAUGUAUUGGAGUAAUACGGAGUUGCCGCAACCACCGCGCAAACUGGAGAAUCAAAAGUGGUUCUCGUUGCCACGUCUGCCCUACGAAUUCGACGCGUUGAACAUUGAAACUACGGCGUAUGCUUUGCUGGUUUAUGUGGCGCGUCGCGAGUUCUUUGUGGAUCCCAUUGUGCGCUGGUUGAAUGCACAGCGCUUGAACGAAGGUGGCUGGGCUUCCACACAGGAUACGAGCGCUGCUUUGCGUGCCUUGGUGGAGUACACGGUGCGAUCACGCAUUCGUGAUGUGUCCUCGCUGAGCGUGGAGAUUGAGGCGUCGUCGCAGGGCGGCAAGACGCAAGAGCUGCGCAUCGAUGACUCCAAUUUGGCGCGACUGCAGAGCAUUGAGAUACCAGAUGCUUGGGGCACUAUCAAGGUGCAGGCCAAGGGCGCCGGUUAUGCCAUUCUGCAGAUGCAUGUGCAGUACAAUGUGGACAUUGAAAAGUUCCAGACGAAGCCGCCAGUGCCAGCCUUUGGAUUGCACACCAAGACCAUUUUCCACGGCAGGAAUCAGUCGCAUAUCUCCUAUGUCGCUUGUCAAAAUUGGGUGAAUACACGCGAAGCUGAGCGUUCGGGCAUGGCUGUGCUGGAUGUGGCCAUUCCGACUGGUUACUGGAUACAGCAGCAGAAACUGGACAGCUAUGUGUUGAGCAAUCGUGUGCGCAAUCUGCGAAGAGCGCGCUACUUGGAGCGCAAGAUUGUCUUCUACUUUGAUUUCCUGGAUCAAGAGGACAUCUGCGUCAACUUUACAAUAGAGCGCUGGUAUCCUGUGGCCAAUAUGUCGCGUUAUCUGCCCGUGCGAGUCUACGAUUAUUAUGCACCAGAGCGCUUCAACGAAUCCAUCUUCGAUGCACUGCCCACGUAUCUGCUUAACAUUUGCGAAGUGUGCGGCAGCUCACAGUGUCCCUACUGUUCCAUCUACAAUGUUGGCUGGCGUACAUCGAUGUCCGUCUGGCUGCUGUUCUUCAGCGUCUUCAUUUAUCUGCUGCGCAGUCGCACACAUCUCGUGCUCAACACACUACAUCUAUUCACUUAGAAGAGUCUCAACUUGAAGCCGUACACUAGCAGUCCAAAACCAAACACACACACACUAAUCACGUUUAGGUUUAUUCGAAUAUGAGUGUUGAGUUUUUUUAGUUCGGUUUUUUUUUUGUUUAUAUUUUUUCUAACGAAAUUGCAUUCCGUCCAAGAAUAACUGAUGACAUUUUCUAGUGCUCCCGUGGCUUUUAUAUUUUGAGUUUUGCCCGUAAUCACACAAUCUCGUAAUGUACAAAAAUAGUAUCCCCUAAUUUUCUUACGUCUCUGUUACUGCAUCCAAACUACAUUUAUAUAGCGUAAUAUAGUAUUUUUAGAGUUCAGUUUGUAUUUUUUAAGUAACUUUUGCCAUUUGCCACUGGAAGAAGUCUUUGCCUUAAUUGAGGAGCACUUGAAGUGCCGCUAAAAGAAAUCAAAAACGAAAAGUGUCUUAUUCAAAUCACAAAUUGCCUUUAACUAGAUUUUAGAAAUCGAUAGUGAAUACAUUUUUUUUCGGAUAAAGCAUGCAUAUCAAAUGAAAUUUUUAUAUACUUUAUAUAUAUAUAAUCGAAAUAAUCAAGAUGAUUAGUUUGAGAUAACAACGUUGAAAGCAACCGUCCAAUGCACAUACAUUGAGUAUGUGUUUUAAUGCAACAAAUGAAUCUAAUUAGUUUAUAAGUUUUGUAUGACGUAUAUUUUGUAUUCUGACAAAAACAGUUUAGAUAUUGCUUUUGUAUAUUAUAAACCUAAAUACCAGAUAUGUGUAGCUAUAGUUAUCUAUCGAAUCUGAGUACUCCGUCCCUCCUUUAUGCUAAAAACAACAAUUGAAUCUUGCAAUGUGAAAUCUGUAUUGUAUGUUUUCUAUAUAACGAAAGAAUCGAAAAUAAAUUAAUUUAACGAAA